AUGCAUCUUUCAGUCCGCGCAACUCUCGGCAACGCCGGGGACAAGACCACGUGGACCGGACAGGCACCUACCAGCUUCUCGUGGACGUCGGCGAUCAUACAAGCGACAGUGCUCCGCACUAACGGCAAAAAGACAGGGUACACGAUUGGCAUCUCGUCGUUCCUCUCGAUCUACCUCGGGGCUGUGGGCGAGACGCUCGAGGGCAUCAAUGUCCGCCUGCAGGGUCUGGCGGUGGGGCUGGAGCGUGGGCCUCUGAUGCUCGAGGACGUCUCCCAGCACGAGGAUGACGCCGUGGUCGAGGUAUACCGCGGCGUGGCCGUGGACUUCAAUGUCUGACAGGUGUUAGCCAUGCGCGAGUGCAAGAUUGUGCACGCGACGGCGACGGCACUUGAGUACAAUGCCAUCUUCAAGUACGGCACGCUCGACGGCCCGUUGGUCACCUCGAGUUCGCCGCCAUGUCAGGUGUGCGCCUGGGC